GCUGUUCUGCUAUCGAUAGCAAGAGUAUGAAGAGAAUUCGGAAAAUUCGGAAAUUCUAGCAAAUCAAAAUAAUAAUGGAUAAACUUGGACUCGGCUGUCCGUUUUCUUUCCUUGGUGGAAAGGAGGGAAGAACGCAGGGUAUCAGGGCCAAACCAGAUAUACUCCAGCUAAACUACGACUGUUAUUUGGAGAUACUUUCAUAUCUGACUGCACUCGAGGAUCAACUAAAUCUGGGCCGCGCCCAUAUUUUGUUCCACCAAAUGCUGGCGAACAUAUUGCCUACGCGGUAUGGCAAGAUCAAUGUGAAGAUGCUGAAAUCCAUUCAGGAUUGGGAAUAUAUGCUGCAAUUGUGCGGUUCCAGUGUGGUGCGGUGUGAGGUGCCCCACGGCCGCUGGGAUGAGUCCUUCACCCAUCCAUUUCUGGAUCUGCUCAACCAGAACUGUUCGAAUUUGCAACAACUUGUGCUGAUAUUCAUGCACUCGGACACGGACACACCGCCCGCUUCGAGGGACAGCAGAAAUGGACACGCUAACAUUAUGCAGCUGCUGAUGGAGCUUCCUGGACUGAGAAACCUGACGCUAAUCGAUGCCAGGGCACCUCAGCUUCAACAGUUGCAACAUUUCGGUGAACUGCAAGCCCUAGAUGUGGAUGGCAUUGACGUCAAUCUGAGUGAAGAGAAUUUCGUGCAUAUGUUCCACAACAAGGAGAAUUUGUGCCGGCUCUUGUUGAACUUUGGACGUGCCCUGAAACGCACAUAUCAGCUGCCCCAAGUGUCUGACCAUUGUGCUCAGCUGGAACAUCUGACGCUGGAGAACUUCGACUUGAACCUGCCCGAUAUUGGAGAGUUUAGAUCUCUGAAAUCUCUGCGUAUGAUCUCGCGCUGGAUUGGAGAAGUGAACAACGAUUUCUACAGAUCAUUGGCCAAACGCUAUGCUGAUCACUUAGAGCAGCUGCAGUUCCUGUCGAUUCGUAUUGGAGCGGCCCAAGUGCACCACAUACUGGCACUUAAGAGAAUCAAAGCGCUCGAAUGUGAUAAUUGGCCAUCGGAAGCUGUUGAAAAAUUAAGUCUACUAACUGAACUCGAGUGCUUGGCCAUAGAAUGUAUUAAUCCCAUUAAGGGAGUCAAUUGUCAGCUUCUGUCGGUCCUAAGCAGCUGCUGCAAGCUGGCGCAUCUGAAGCUGGGCAAGCGUUGGCAAAUGACCAGCUCUGAGGCGACAAGAUUUCUCUCCGAUGUGCGAGACGUUCGUUUGGGGUCCAAAACGAAGCUACUGCUGACGCUUUCGUUUAUCAAAUUGAAAGAGCAUCAACAAAUGUUGAAUGAUUUGUUCACAAAUGACACACAUUUACGGCUUGGUUUCCAUGACGUCUGCCAUUACUGUCGACCAGAUACACACUCCAGAUGUGACACAAUCUUUGACUAAAGAUAAAAGCAUAUGCAUACCUCACAAUGGGAAUAUUCUAUGGCAACCGUCAGCCUCAGUAUCCAAUCGUUGUAGGCAAUACCAUUCCUCUCAAACUCGCGUCGUUUACUCUCAUAAUCAUAGACAUCAGUCUCGCCGUUAAUCCACGUUUGCGAGUCCAUGUUUAUCACGGGCAGAAAUCCAUCUCCUGUCAGUUGUAUAUCAAAUGCAGAAUGCCACAAAACGCAAGUGGCAUGCGAAUCUACAAAAUAUUUUUGGGCUAAAUGGAUACAAACCGACUUAAAGUAUUACCAUUUGAAAGCAGGGAACACAGAAACUCACCCAGAAAAUUAAGAACGAUUGACCAAUAGCUGGGUUCCACUAGUAAAUGGCUCAUUGUUGCUUUGUUCUCCCACUUAUAUGUAUUACACGUAUUUAUAGAAAAUUGUGCAGUAUUAACUUUAAAUUGUAUUUAUUUGAGUUACGAUUGAAGUACCUGUAGAAAGUGCGUCUUAAUUAUAGCGAUUAUCGCUUCAAAUUGUGAGGCAAAGUGACUGAGAGAACUGUUUAAAUAUUUAUUGACAUAAAUAUGUGUUUAGUGAUUAUUGUAAUAUAAUAAACAAAUAUAAUUUUGUUAUGCAUA